ACUGUUUACUUCAGGGCCCAUUAUGUAAUACAAGAGGUAUAGUUUAUGAAGAUCAAUAUUAUUUAUUGCCUCACUGAUAGGGAUCAUCGGACAAUUUACGUUGGUGACAGUAGAGGACGUGUCUUUAGUUGGAGUGUAACUGACCAGCCAGGGCGAGCUGUGGCUGAUCACUGGGUUAAGGAUGAAGGAGGUGAGAACUGUGUUGAUUGUGGAGUUCGCUUCUCCUUCGCAGAACGUCGACAUCAUUGUCGAAACUGUGGACAGUUGUUUUGUUCACGAUGCAGUCGUUUUGAGUCACAAAUUAACCGAUUGAGGAUUUUGAGGCCAGUUAGAGUGUGCCAAGCUUGUUUUAACAUUCUCAGAGCUCAACAAAUGUCAGAAGCUCUUGAAGUAUCGUCAUGAGAAUUCGGCUUGUUCACAUACCCAUUCGCACGAAGAGCCGAUAGAGUGGUUUAGUUUCAUUCCAGACUCCAAAGCUUUAAGAAUAAACCAGGAAAUUUGUUUGUCUGAUUUUAUAGUCUACCUGACUUCCUUGUACAGGGGUUUUUAUUGAUUGAAUGUAAAUAUCUUAUUAUUUGUUAGAAAUAUGUUUGUGGGGUACUUCUAAAACAAAUAUUUAGUAGACUUGAAAUAGGAAAUGGUUUAAACACCUGCAAAUAAAACGAAUUGAUGAUUGUUUAAAAAAAAAAAGUAAAUUAUUAAGAACUUUGGAACACUUAAGUAUUACUGUAUUAAACGUGUAUAGUAUAUGUGCUGUUACGUUGCUGAACGGCAAUUUUCUAGUCUGUGGUAUAUAUACUUUAUGUGGGAAAUAAUAUGUUAACACUAGUAAAGUUAGCAUUUUGGUAUAGUGGAAACUUUUAGUAUAAAAAAAAAAAAAUCGUGUCUGUUUAAUUUGAAUAAAAUUGGUUGGAGGGCACGUUUGCAGCCAGAAUAUGUGGUUUCUAAGUGCAAAAGCCGAGAUUAUGAGUAAUAUUAUUUGGUGUUUGGUUAAACCACUGAUUAGAAGGAGUAGAUGUUAACCAUUUGUUCCAUUUAGACCAUACUCGCAGUAUAAAGUUACUCGUAUAUUUUGUUGUAGAGGAUAUGAAAUAAAACCAGAAAAAUUCUUAAUUCA